AUGUCAUCAAAUGAUAAUCCCCAGCAGGAUGAUGCUCCCAGCGGCGGUGGACGAGGGGACUCGGGCGGACGGCAGUCUUCGAAUGUCAUUGAGUUCGUCAACAGUGAGGACCCCAAUGUCAGAAGUGCUAUUCAAAGGCAUACGGCCUAUCAUUCGGCAGCACAACGUCGAGAAGCAAGGUCGCGGCUGCUCCGACGUUCCAGCCAAGCCAGAUAUCUAGAAUGGACAAGACGUCCCACGACAGACACCGACCUCGCGACUUCGUCCGCGAGCAGUGCCAGUUCAGUCUCUAUAUCCCCUGCGCCCUCACAGCGUGAGCGAUCUGAACAACCUACUCGACCAUCAAGCCAUGAACGAGCAUCUAGCUCGAAUACAGAUCAAGUGUCCGCGGAACCCGCAAGUGGAACAAUAUCUCCAGCAACCCAAGCAGGGAUUUCUACUGACGACACAGUCUUGGAUUUCUUGACCUCAACUUUCUGCGAACAUUACCAGUCCAGAGAUAUUCUCGAAUCUUCGAUAGCGUUCAUGCUGGAAAAUGAUACUUCACGACAUCUACUCUUUGCCUACGCCUAUGCGACGAGGAGAGCACGUCGUGCUGCCGACGGAAAUCCUCAAGAUCAAGUGGGUGCGGAAAGAAACCUUGGUCGCGGGACGAACAUAUUGUGGAACCGGCUUCAGAUGGCAGGGCACGCUAGCUCUGAUGCCAAUGUGCAGGCCGUCCUUUUGCUGGUGGCAUAUUCCGCAGACUUUGGUCAGGAGAAUGAAGUUCGUCUGCACGCAGAUGCGCUGAGGACGAUGGUUGAUCAGCGCGGCGGUACUGAUGCCUUCACGAACAACCCGUCGCUGCAACAUCAACUGUUGGUGAUUGGAAGCUCGCGCCGGUUUCAUUUAACGCUGGACUGCGAGUCUGGUUGCCCGGAUCUGCUGCGGUUCCCAGACGAGCUUCGACUGCCUCAAGGGGCAAACCAUAGUCGAAUGGAUACCUAG